GGUGGCCAGCAAAGAGACAGCAUGGAGGCGCCCCGGGAGAACCACCACACGGAGUGGGGCUGGUACAUCUCGGUCCAGCACCCCGAAGACUCAGCGGCCGAAGAGUUGCGUCCGUUGCUAAGCAACGAACUUCAUAGACAGGGAUCCUCAGGAGUUUCAUUUGGUUUUUCAGUCUUUAAUUUGAUGAAUGCCAUUAUGGGAAGUGGCAUCCUUGGCUUAGCUUAUGUUAUGGCUAAUACUGGUAUCCUUACAUUUAGUUUCUUGCUGCUGAUAGUCGCUCUUGUGGCUUCUUACUCAGUCCAUCUCCUGCUCAGUAUGUGUAUUCAGACAGCUGUGACAUCUUAUGAAGAUCUUGGAUUCUUUGCAUUUGGAUUACCUGGAAAGGUGGUGGUGGCAGGCACCAUAAUAAUUCAGAAUAUUGGGGCUAUGUCAUCUUACCUUUUAAUUAUUAAAACAGAGCUUCCUGCUGCUAUUUCAGAAUUUUUAACUGGAGACUACAGUGGGUCUUGGUAUCUUGAUGGACAAACGCUGUUAAUAAUCAUUUGUGUUGGCAUUGUGUUCCCUCUUGCACUUCUUCCCAGAAUAGGCUUUCUUGGCUACACAAGUAGUUUAUCAUCUUUCUUUAUGGUGUUCUUUGCUCUUGUGGUAAUAAUUAAAAAAUGGUCCAUCCCUUGUCCUCUGACAUUAAAUUAUGUAGAGGAAUUCUUUCAGAUUUCAAAUACUACAGAUGAUUGUAAACCAAAGCUCUUUCAUUUCUCCAAAGAGAGUGCUUAUGCUAUACCGACUAUGGCUUUUUCAUUUCUCUGCCAUACCUCAAUCUUGCCCAUAUACUGUGAACUUCAAAGCCCCUCAAAGAGAAGAAUGCAGAAUGUAACCAAUACAGCAAUUGCUUUAAGUUUUCUCAUUUACUUUAUAGCUGCACUCUUUGGAUACCUCACUUUUUAUGACAAAGUGGAGUCAGAGUUACUACAAGGUUAUAGUAAAUACUUGCCACAUGAUGCUGUUGUCAUGACUGUGAAGUUAUGCAUACUAUUUGCUGUGCUUUUGACAGUCCCUCUAAUCCACUUCCCUGCCAGAAAAGCUUUAACAAUGAUGUUUUUCUCUAAUUUUCCAUUCUCAUGGAUUCGCCACUCUUUGAUCACUCUAGCACUCAAUAUUAUUAUUGUUUUACUUGCAAUAUAUGUUCCUGACAUCAGAAAUGUAUUUGGUGUAGUUGGUGCCAGUACAUCAACAUGUUUGAUUUUUGUAUUUCCAGGACUGUUUUAUCUUAAACUUAGCAGAGAAGAUUUUCUCUCAUGGAAAAAGCUUGGGGCUUUUGUUUUGUUCAUCUCUGGAAUUUUGGUUGGGAAUUUUACUUUGGCUCUUGUCAUAUUUGAUUGGAUCAAGAAAUGAAAGAGAUAUUUUCCUCCUUCUUAUGAAGAAUAAUUUACCUCGUUCAAUCCCCGGUACCAAAAAAAAAAAAAAAAA